CCGGUCGGAUCGAAGCGCCCAGGGCCGGAGCGAGCGGCGGCGGGAUUUUCAGCACCUGGACAGCUCCCAGAUCGCUGUGGAUGAGAUGGUGGAUUGGGCCCCUUGCUGGGCAAUGCAAGCCUUGUUCAUCAUGGAUGCAUCUCCAGAUAGGGCAGUGGCAGGAAGAGCAGAGAGAAUCGUAAGCGAGAGGAUACACUGGGAAGCUGGCAAUCCUAUCUGCAGCCCUGGAAGAAUCUGAGUUACUCAUUCAGGAGCAACUCAUUUUGACCCGUUUCUUCUCUGUCACCCUGAUGUGGAUGCCCGAUCAAUUCUGUAAUUGCAAAGGUUUUGGAUAAGUUGCUGCCAGAAAGCCCCCAAAAGGGUUAUCUAUGGUCGACUGAGGAACUAUCCCUGUGUGAAAAGUCUGGGGUGAACAGUCCAAUAGAAUCCAACAAAAGGAAUCACGAGUGAAAGAAAGAGAGAUUUCCCAAAAAGUACUUUUACAGGUACUGAGGGUAGGUACAAGAGAGCAGUUCAGUCCCUAGGGGAGUCCGAUGGAAUAUUUGAGAGCUUUGCAUGGGGGAACCCCACUUCACAGACAGCAAAGCCUUUUGGAUUAAUGAUUGCACCGGGCCUGUGGCAGUUCUGAGUUACUAUAGCCUGAGGGUAUCCUAUGAAAUACCUGGCUCAUUUGCCAUUGCCUCACCGGGACUUCUCUUCUUCCUAAGUUCCUUGGAAGAAGAGCAGGAUACAAACCUGCCCCAAAAAUAAACAAAGGAGAAGCCUGUCGCCAACCAGGUGGCACUCCAUUAGUAAUGAAUGUAGGGCUGCCCUCGUAACGACAACAGGGGGCUAGAACAAGAGAGAGAGAGAACAGUUCCAUCAUCCCACAAUGGUGCUUCCACCUCCGGAUAAACGUCAUGUGUGUCUCACCACUAUUGUCAUCAUGACCAGCAUGGCAUUCAUGGAUGCCUACCUGGUAGAACAGAACCAAGGGCCCCGUAAAAUUGGCGUCUGCAUCAUCGUUCUGGUGGGAGACAUCUGCUUUCUGAUCGUGCUGCGCUACGUGGCCGUGUGGGUGGGAGCCGAGGUGAAGACGGCAAAGCGCGGCUAUGCAAUGAUCCUCUGGUUCCUCUACAUCUUUGUGCUGGAGAUAAAACUGUAUUUUAUAUUCCAGAAUUACAAGGCCGAUAAGAGAAAUCUGGAGACGGUGGCCAGGAAGGCCCUGACCUUGUUGCUCUCUAUCUGUGUGCCGGGAUUGUACCUGGUGCUCGUGGCCUUGGAUAGCAUGGAGUAUAUACGCACCUUCCGGAAGAAAGAGGAUUUGCGGGGGCGUCUCUUCUGGGUAGCCUUAGACCUCCUGGAUAUCUUGGACAUUCAAGCCAACCUGUGGGAACCACACAAAACUGGGCUGCCGAUCUGGGCAGAAGGACUCAUGUUCUUCUACUGCUACAUCCUGCUCCUCAUCUUGCCUUGUGUUUCUCUCAGUGAGAUCAGCAUGCAAGGAGAGCACAUUGCUCCCCAGAAAAUGAUGCUCUACCCCGUCCUGAGCCUGGUGACCAUCAACAUUGUCACCAUCUUCAUCCGGGCCAUCAACAUGGUCCUGUUCCAAGACAGCCGGGUCUCCACCAUCUUUAUCGGCAAAAACAUCAUCGCCAUUGCCACCAAAGCCUGCACUUUCCUCGAGUACAAGAAGCAGGUGAAGGAAUUCCCGCAAAACGCCAUUGCGCUGGAGCUGCAGCAGAACUCGGUGCCCCACAACCAGACGGUCCACAGUACACAAGGCAUUGCUCACGAGCCCUCGCCUACCAGGGAGAUCUUGGAUACAUGACGGGGUCCCACAGAUACCAGCAAUUGCUGACAUUUUCUUGGGUGAGGGUGAGGGGGCAGGAGAGGGGGAUUCUGCUCUCGUCCCAGCACUGAGAGCUGCACCAGGGCACAAGCUUUUGAUCAAAAAGGUGGAAUGUCCCCUGCAUCUCAGGUAUUUCCUAGGGGCCCUCUAGAAACAAAACCAAACCAAAUGAACCUUCAGAGAAGAACCUUGCCCCAGAAUCUUAUCUUUUAUAUCUGUUCCUUGUGCUUCAAUAGGCCAGGAAUUACCAUUUUUGUU